AUGCCAAAACCAACAAUAACAAUAAUCGGCGGCGGAAUAAGCGGCCUAACCCUCGCAGCCGCCCUCCACCACCGCCAAAUCCCGAUUCAUCUCUACGAAUCCGCCCCCUCCUUCACAGAAAUAGGUCUAGGAGUCUCCUUCAGCCCAGCAGCGUACCGCAUCCUCCCCCUCCUAAACCCUAAUCUCAACCUAAACACCCUCAUAACAACGCCCGCAGACACAAACCCCUCCCACCUCCAAACUUGGUUCGAAAUCGUCUGGGCGGCAGGACCCAACGAAGACGAAACAUUAAUGACUCUCACAGCACCACCAACCGGCCAGACAGCGCUCCGCAGAGCGGAUUUCUUAAAUGCGCUUGCGCGGCUUAUUCCCGCUGAAUGCGUGCAUUUCGGGAAGAGAUUAGAGAAAUUGGAAAGUGGUGGGGUUUUGAGGUUUGAGGAUGGGGAGGUUGUGUUUGCGGAUGUUGUUAUUGGUGGGAUGUAUGGGUAUCGCGGUGUUAUUGGGAUGGGGGAUAUGAUUGAGGCUGUUGGGAAGGGGAGGGCUUGUGUUUCGACGAUUUAUGUUUCGAGGGGAGCUUAUGCGGUUUCGUAUCCGAUUAUGAAGGGGCGGUUUGUUAAUGUUGGGAUUUAUGUGUUUAGUUCGGCCUGGGAGUAUGAGGGGUGGGUUAGGCCUGGGAGGAGGGAGGAUCUGGUGAGGGAUACGAGGGGGAUGGGGAGGUUUGUGAGGGCUUUUGUCGAGUAUAUGACUGAUGCUUCUCAAUGGGGUAUAUUCGAGCAUCCGCAUAUCGAGACUUAUGCUCGGUCCAGGAUUGCGAUUAUGGGUGAUGCGGCGCAUGCUUCGACGCCGCAUCAGGGUGCUGGGGCUGGGCAGGCUAUUGAGGAUGCUCAUGUUCUUGCGGAAUUGUUGGGUGAUUCGCGGGUUGGAUCUGUUGGGGAUGUUAUUGCGGCUUUUAGGGCUUAUGAUGAGAUUCGGAGACCUAGGUGUCAGAGGGUUGUUACUAGUAGCAAGGAAAAUGCUGAUGUGUUUUGUCUUGGUUUUGAUGGGGUUUGGGAUGAUCCGGUGAAGUUGAAGGAAAUGCUUGAUGAUCUUGCCGGAGUGAAAGAAUUAGACCCCGAAGCUUGGAAUGAGGCUAAGGACCGAAAUUCAAUCCUUGAGGACUUCGCGGAGUCAUUACAGAGGAUGGCUACGCAGACAUAUCUCAUCCUUGCGGACGAGGAGGCUUUCCGGUCUGGAAGUGUUCAGGUACUUUAUUUGGAUGGCUUUCGAAACAUCGUCCGCGAAGGCCGUCUGGAUCCUGAGAAUGAUGACAUCUUCAAUGUGAUCGGUACGUGGAUGGAAACCAACGAUUUUCAUCCAUAUAACUGUACCGUUGGGGAGAAGUACCGAGCCGACGCAGAGUUAGGCAGGAAACUGUAUCAAGUAACAGAAGAGGAACUUGCAGAGCUCACUCAAUGA